UUCACCAAAUCUAAUUUCAAAUACUUCAAUAAUGUGGCGUUCCAACUAAGGUAAUUCAAGUAAGCAUAUUUAAGCAACAGUCUAUCUCUACAAGUAGAUUAUUGAAAGAGAAUUCAAAUUCAUUUUAGACAGAGAUAUACAAAAAUAUUUUGAGACAAGGGUAGUUAGGUCAAGGUAGGACAAAAAUGAUUUUGGAAAAGGACACUUCAAUUAUACAACUCCUUUUGGUCUCCACUCUAUUCGAUCCAUUGUAACUCCAUUUCUCCAUCCUCCCUUUCCUUAUCUCUUCUUAUCUCCUUCCCAUUAGUCUUUCUAGAGAAAAGAAAGGGUAUAACACAUUAGAUUUGCAAAAUUGUUUGGUGAGGUGAGAGCUGAAACCAUGGCUUUUGCAGGAACAACCCAGAAAUGUAUGGCCUGUGACAAGACUGUCUAUCUGGUUGAUAAGUUGACUGCUGACAACCGGGUAUAUCACAAGGCCUGUUUCAGGUGCCAUCACUGCAAAGGAACUUUGAAGCUUGGCAACUACAAUUCCUUCGAAGGAGUUUUGUACUGCAGGCCUCAUUUUGAUCAACUUUUCAAAAGAACUGGCAGUCUUGACAAAAGCUUUGAAGGUACACCAAAAAUUGCAAAGCCAGAGAAACCGGUUGAUGGCGAGAAACCUGCAGCAACUAAAGCGUCGGGCAUGUUUGCUGGAACCAGAGAUAAAUGCUUUGGCUGUAAAAAUACUGUGUAUCCAACUGAGAGGGUCACGGUGAAUGGAACUCCUUACCACAAGAGUUGUUUCAAAUGCACACAUGGAGGAUGUGUAAUCAGCCCUUCCAAUUAUAUUGCACAUGAAGGCCGACUUUACUGCAAACACCACCAUGGUCAACUCAUCAAGGAAAAGGGGAACUUAAGCCAGCUUGAGGGCGAGCGCUAGAAGGAGAAAGUUAAUGCAACAGAAAUUGCUACUGAAUCUUAAACUCUGUCAUUAAUGUUUGGUCCUUUCUUCCAUUUAUGCUAUCUUCUCUUUUUCCCCUGUCUCUGUCUGGUUCAUAUGUCCUGCUUUCUCAGUUCGAAUGGUUUUAAGACUCGAAGACAUAAAUUUGUUGAUAGGUCUAAUUGAAGUGUGUUGUCUUUUGUUAUUUAUAUUUGAAUAUUUUGUACAGCAUCUUGCAGUCAAAUGAGAUGCCAAGACCUAUUUGAGUUUCAGUAUACACUUUGUGAAUCCUUGGUGU